AUGCCCAUAGAUUUAUCGCUCUAUCUUGUGACAGAUUCUACCCCAAAGAUUCUGGGUGAUAGAGAUCUCUGUGCUGUUGUUGAGCAGGCAGCCAAGGGGGGGGUCACAAUUGUUCAGUAUAGGGACAAGCAUGCAGACACAGGCGCUCUUAUUGAGACAGCUGCAACACUGCACAAGAUAACCAGAGCCCAUAACAUUCCAUUGAUUAUCAAUGAUAGAGUGAUGUGGCCUUGCGUAGGCGCUGAGGAGUCAUCUAGGCAGGAUGACAUGGGAAACCGAUACCAAGUCUAUCAUCGGUACUCUGGCGUGAAACAAAUCCUGGAGUUUCUAUCGACUUCUAGCAGAAGAAUCGGUACCGUCGCCAUUGGUGGUAUCAAUCUAGGAAAUGCUCAGAGGGUAAUCUACCAGUCCCAAGCGUUGAGGAAAGGUUUAGAUGGCAUUGCUAUUGUCAGUGCGGUUAUGGCAGCCUCAGAACCUCAGAAAGCCGCCGCUAUUCUUGCCAAAGCUAUCACUAAAAACCCUCCGUUUGCGACGAUGCCACCCGAGCUCCGCAAGGAUGAAUUGGGCUACUUUCUAGAUAACGCCAUCCACACGGUGCAAAAAGUUGCAACCGACAUGCCUCUAGUCCACAGUAUGAUCAAUUAUGUGGUCGCCAACUUUGCGGCUAAUGUUUCCUUGCAAAUUGGUGCUUCACCUAUUAUGUCCCCUUACGGGGCUGAAGCUGAUGAUCUCGCUAAUGCUGGCGGCUCACUGCUAAUCAACAUGGGCACCCUCAAUGCGGACAGUGAAAAGAAUUACCUUCAGGCGAUGGAGGUGUACAAUCGACGCGGCAAUCCGGUGGUUUUGGAUCCGGUUGGAGGUGGCGCGACUGAUGUUCGCCAAAAUAUGGUUAAGGCUCUCAUGGCCGGAGGGUAUUUUGAUCUCAUCAAAGGUAACGAAGGCGAGAUCAAGGCGAUUUACGGGCAGUCUCCCACGAGACAGAUUGGUGUCGACAGCGGUCCAAGCACCCUAGGUCCAAAGGAGAAAGUUGCAAUGGUCCAAGACCUUGCAAGCAGAGAGAGAAACAUUGUCCUCAUGACAGGACCGGUCGACUUCCUUAGUGAUGGCAUACGUACUAUUGCUAUAAGCAAUGGGCACCCCUAUCUCGGCCAAAUCACCGGCACUGGCUGCGUGAUUGGCCUCGUCGCGGCAGCUUUCCUUGCAGUGGAGCGCACUGACAAACUACUCGCCGUUCUCGCGGGAGUCCUGAUGUUUGAAAUUGCAGCGGAGAAUGCUGCUUCGAAAGAGCAUGUUCACGGGCCAGGAACAUUCGUUCCUGCGCUCCUGGAUGAGUUGUAUGCUCUGCGGGAAGCGACAAAAGCUGACGUGAAAAAGAAUUGGAUCAAAGACCGUGCGAAAUUUGUUGUAUUGAAAGUCGAUCGCAAGAGCAAUGGCUCGUAG